CUAAGGAAAAAAACGACGUGACGUCAUCAAUUGAGCGACAGCGUCAGCUGGAACCUGCGUGUACACAGAGCAGGGGAAGCGUGGUUAUUUUCUACCCGCUAAAAUGGUUAAAUCUGGGAAACUUCGAUCCGGGACGAGCGCUAAACUCAAACGAUGGAAGAAAGGACACAGCAGCGACUCAAAUCCGCAGACGAGUCGACAUCGACAGGCUGCUAAAAGUCGCUUCUUUAGCCGACCCUCGGGAAAGAGCGACCUGACAGUAGAUGCUCUAAAACUACACAAUGAGCUACAGACAGGUCCGUUGGAGGUCAGCACAGACAGGCAGAGGGAUGCGUUCAUGGAAGAUGAACCGGAUCAGGCGUUAUCAGACAGAACGUCAGGCACCUUCCUCAGCGGCCUGUCAGAUUGCUCCAACCUGACCUUUAGGAAAGUGCAGCGAUUCUGGGAAUCCAAUUCGGCUGCUCACAAAGAGAUCUGUGCAGUGUUGGCAGCUGUAACUGAGGUGAUUCGCAGUCAGGGAGGGAAGGAGACAGAAACAGAAUACUUUGCUGCUUUGAUGACCACUUUGGAGGUGGUGGAUUCACCGGAGUCACAGGCUGCAGUGGCAUACCUCCUCAACCUCACCAUGAAAAGGGUUCCUGCUCCGGUUCUCAUGUCCAAGUUCUCAGACACCACUAAGGCUCUGAUGGAUGUCAUGUCCCAACAAACCACGCCCGAAACAGGCUCAGCUCUCAGAUGGAUUCUGUCAUGCUUGGCUACUCUACUGAGGAAACAAGACGUGGCUGUGUGGGCGUACCCGUCCACUCUACAGGCUUACCACGGUUUGCUCAGCUUCACAGUGCACAGCAAACCUAAGGUCCGUAAAGCAGCACAGCAUGGAGUGUGCUCCAUCCUGCGAGGAAGUGACUUCCUGUUUGCAGACAAAGCGCCCACCAAUCACCCUGCUUCAGCAACCACAGCCAAGUUCUGCAUCAAGGAGAUGGAGCAGGCAGGAGUCAACAGAGAGGACACCACCACGCUGCAUGUGCUGGGCCUCCUCAAAGAGGUGGUGCCAACGUUCCCGCUCGGGGCCAUCAAGUCGUGUUGUGAGACACUGCUGCGAGUGAUGACGCUCAGCCAUGUGUUGGUGACUGCCAGCGCCAUGCAGACCUUCCAUAAACUCUUCAGUGCAAAGCCAGGUGCCUCCAGCUUGUCACCUGAACUCAACGCACAGAUCAUCACAGCGUUGUAUGACUACCUGCCCAGUGAGAGUGAUCUGCAGCCUCUGUUGGCCUGGCUAGCUGUCAUGGAGAAGGCACACAUUCACUUGGCAAGUCUGCAGAGCUCUUUGAGUCUGGGCCACCUUCCUCGCCUCUUCUCUGCCGCCAUGUCGUGUCUCUUGUCGCCUCACACACAGGUGGUGUCUGCGGCCGCCAGCACACUCAAGAUGCUGUUGAUAGAGUGUGUGGGCCCUCACAUGGAGGAAAUUGGCACGGUCACUGCCACGGCGUCUGUAGGGAACCCUUCCUAUGUCUGCAAAAUGUUUCGUAUAAUCGAAGAAGGGCUGUCCUAUCGCUUCCAUGCUUCCUGGCCAUUUGUUUUGCAAAUACUCGGUUGCUUUUACAAGGUUGCAGGGAAACAGGCACACCCCAUCAUGACCAAGUCCUUACAGUCUCUUGCCGACCUUCGUGAAACCCCUCGAUUCCCCUUCAGUGGUGAGUUGGAUCUGGCAGUAGGGGGCGCUGUGGAGAGCAUGGGCCCAGAAGUUGUACUGGCAACGGUGCCGCUUAACAUUACUGGCUAUGACGACAACCUGGAGUUCCCCCGCAGCUGGCUGAUUCCGGUCAUUCGUGAUCACCUAAAGAACACUAAGCUGGGCUUCUUCAACUCCUACUUCCUCCCUCUGGCCUACACGCUCAAGCAGAGAGCUGAAGAGUUGGAGCAAGUCGGUCAGAAGUUGGAGGCCAAAGUCUAUCAGACAUUACAGCUUCAGAUAUGGACAAUGUUACCUGGUUUUUGCACAUGUCCCGUGGACUUGGUGGCGUCCUUCAAAGGAGUCGCCCGCUCACUCGGCAUGGCCAUCAACGAGCGGCCCGACCUGCGGCUCACAGUGUGCCAGGCUCUGCGCACCAUUAUCAAUAAGAGCUGCACUACCGAGGACGAAAAAGCUGAAGUGAGUCGCUUCUCCAAGAACUUUCUUCCCAUCUUCUUCAACGUGUUCAGCCAGCAGCCUGCAGAUGGGGAGUCUACAGCCUACAGAAUGGCCGUCUUGGACACCAUUAAAGUCUACUUAACUGUUACUGACCCACAGAUGAUCGCUGCGUUCUUGGAAAAAGCCACAGAGAGAUUGACUAGCUCAGAAAGCACAGAGUUCACACGGCUGUCAAUGAUGGACCUUGUGGUUGCCAUGGCGCCCUUCCUGAAUCAGCUCAACAUGACUAAGACCUUCCAGCUCAUCAGGCCAUACUUGGAGACCAAAGAAGUAGGCAUGCAGAAAAAGGCGUACCGUGUGCUGGAGGAAAUGUGUGCUGGAGAGCAAGAGGAGUGCAGGCGUUUUGUUGUGGCCAACCUUGAGAUGCUUAAAGCGGUCCUGCUUGAGACUCUGAAAAACGCCUCUUCACCAGCAAAAAGGCCACGACUCAAGUGUCUGAUCCAUAUUGUGAAAAGGCUUGACAACGAACACAAAGACUUUAUCACGUCCCUGCUACCGGAGGUCAUUAUAUGUACCAAAGAAGUGUCUGUUGGUGCUCGUAAGAGCGCAUACACUCUGCUGGUGGAAAUAGGAAACGCAUUUGUGCGCUUCUGUGGUAACUGUAAAGCAGAGGCCGUGGAGCAGUACCUGUCGUUAGUCUAUGCUGGCCUUACAGGCUCCACCACCAUGAUCACCUGCACAGUGCUGGCCCUAACACGACUGGUGUAUGAGUACAACGACACCAUAGAGGUGUCCACCAUGGAGCAGCUGCUGCACAACGUCUGUCUCCUGCUGGGCUCGCGUACAAGAGAGGUGGUCAAAGCGGCACUGGGUUUCAUCAAGGUCAUCCUAUUCGUCAGGGAGCCCAAAACGUUGGCGUCGCAUGUCAACGUCUUGAUGGAAGGCAUCGGGAAUGUCAACGAUGACAUGAGGAGACACUUCAGAGUCAAACUCAAGAACGUCUUUACUAAGUUUAUUAGAAAAUUUGGGUUUGAGCUGGUGAAGAGCAUGCUACCCCCUGAACACCAUAAAGUGCUGGCCAACAUUCGCAAGGCAGAGGCUCGCAAUAAGAGACACAAGCAGGCAUCAGAGCAGCAGGAUGACUCGGACAGCGAAGAAGAGGCCCCGAAAAAUAAGAGUGACGGUAUUGAGGACAUCCUGGCAGGCUCGGAGAGCGACCUCUCAGAGGAUGAAGGCAAGGCGGCAGCAAAGAAGAAGCCUGGCAAACAGCAGAAGGGUCGGGCGUGGCUGAAAGAGGGAGAGGCGGAUGACCCGCUCAACUUUUUGGACCCCAAAGUUUCCCAAAGAGUGCUUGCCACCAACCCCGAGAUGAAAAGAAGCGUCAAGACUGAGCACGGCUUCAAGGUGACAUCAGACGGGCGACUGAUCAUCAAAGAGGAUGAAGACGAAGACGUGAACCAGAAAGAUGAUGAAGAGAUAAAGGAUGUUCUGGAAGAGGCUGGGGUGAAGAGUAAAAAGACCCAAAAGAGGAAAAUCAAAGAUGACCCUAUGGACAACAUGGAUGUAGAACCUCAACUCAAAUACAAAGCUGGCGGUAAAGGUAUCCACAGAGCUCUGGAUGGGAGCAGAGACUUUGGAGCAGAGUACAAGUCAAAGAAAGGCAAAGGUGAUGUGAAGAAACAAGGCAAACCGGACCCGUACGCUUAUAUCCCCCUUAGGAAGGCCCAACUCAAUCGCAGGAAGCGGGCCAAACUGCAGGGCCAGUUCAAGGGCAUGGUGAAAGGAGCCCAGAAGGGUGCAAUGGCGGGCAGGAAAAAAAUGCUGAAGAGCAAAAGAAAAGCUUGAAAAGCAUCAGUGAAUGGACUUUUAUGGACAUUAACUAGUAUGUUGGUAAAGUAAUGUACAGCCUUUGCGUGGAUGUUAUGAGGUGUGUUUGUGGUCUUAUGGGUGUCGAUGAGGUGACAUGUACUUCUACACUGAGCCACCAGAGGACAGUGUAGACCUCCAAAAAAGGAGGACAUCAUGAGUCUAAUAAAAAUAAUG